AUGUGCAUCAUGUUCGAAGUGAAGCCGAUCAAGGUGGCCUCCCCAGAUGGCAAGGGCAAGGUCGAUGAUUAUUGGGAGGCCGCCAAGAAGGAUCUCUUGUCGGACACGCGCCUGAUCGAGAGGAUGGUCAACUUCGACAAGGACAACAUACCGGAGGCGGUCAUCGCAAAGGUGAGGCCGCUGUACGAAAACCCAGAGUUCGAGCCCGACAAGAUCAAGAAAGCCUCGCUCGCGGCGAUGGGCAUCUGCAAGUGGGUCCGAGCGAUGGUCGUGUACGACAAGGUGGCCAAGGAGGUCGGCCCCAAGAAGCUGAAGCUGGCAAAGGCCGAGGCGGAGGUGGCCGAGGCCGAGGCGACGGUGGCCGCCAAGCAGGCCGAGCUCGCCGAGGUGGAAGCCAUGGUCCGCGAUCUGGAGUCGCAGCUGCACGAGGCCAACGAGAAGGCGAAGGAGUUGCAACGGAAUCAGAAGGAUUGCGCCGCGAAGCUGGCGCGCGCGGAGAAGCUGAUCGACGGCCUGGGCGGCGAGCAGGCGUCCUGGACCACGAAGAGCAACAGGCUCGGCAAGGACUACACGAACCUCACCGGAGACAUCCUGGUCGCGUCUGGUAUCAUCGCCUACCUGGGCAUCUUCACCUCCCUGUACCGCAGGGAGGCCAUGGACCGCUGGAUCUCGAAGCUGCAGGGGCUGCAGAUCCCCGCGAGCAAAGAGUUCACCCUCUCGAACUGCAUCGGCGACCAGGUGAAGAUCCGCCAGUGGGUGAUCGAUGCGUUGCCGAACGACCAGCUCAGCAUCGACAACGCCAUCAUCCUCGACAACUCCCGACGGUGGCCGCUCAUGAUCGACCCGCAGAUGCAGGCCAACAAGUGGGUGAAGAAGACCGAGGGCGCCAAGCUCAAGAUCCUGCGUCUGAACAUGAACUACGUCCGGGACCUGGAGAACGCCAUCCAGUUCGGAAAUCCCGUACUGUUGGAAAACAUCGAGGAGGUGCUCGAUGCCAUCCUGGACCCCGUGCUGCAGAAGGCAACCUUCAAACAGGGCACCCUCACCAUGGUGCGCUUGGGAGACUCGACCAUCGAGUGGUCGCCCGACUUUAAGCUGUACGUGACGACCAAGCUUCCCAACCCUCACUUCCCACCCGAGAUCUGCGUGGCCGUCGGCAUCCUCAAUUUCAUGGCGACCGUGGAUGGCCUGCAGGACCAGAUGCUGGGCAUCGUCGUGGCGGCCGAGGAGCCGGCCACGGAGGAAAAGCGCGUGAACCUGGUGAUCGAGUCCGCCAAGGCCAAGGCCUCGCUGAAGAAAGAGGAGGACAAGAUCCUGGCCCUCCUGAGCUCGUCCACGGGCAACAUCCUGGACGACGAGGAGCUCAUCGAGACCCUGAGCAACUCGAAGAUCAUGGGCACCAAGAUCGAGGAGCAGGUCAAGCAGCAGGAAGUGACGGCGCAGUCGAUCGCGGAGGUGCGCCAGGUCUACAAGUCCCACGCCCUGAGGUGCUCGGCGCUGUACUUCAUCAUCGGCGACCUCUGCAUCGUGGAUCCCAUGUACCAGUUCUCUCUGGACUGGUUCAUUGCCAUUUUCAGGAAGUCCAUCGACGAGGCGGAGGCAAAGGACAGCAAGGACGAGCGCUUCGCGGAGCUGUUCCGAUCCUUCAUCACCCUGCUGUACGUCAUGGUCUGCCGGGGCCUCUUCGAGAAGGACAAGCUGCUGUACUCGGUGAUGCUCACCCUGAAGUGCCAGGAGGUGGAGAAGGAGCUCAAGCUGAACGAAGUGAUGACCCUCCUGACGGGCCUGCCAGGGACCGCAAAGGAGGAGAAGCCGCCGAACACGGAGUGGUUGACGAUGGUCAGCUGGCAUCGCAUCAACGUGUUGCAGACGCUGGGGGACGUGUUCGACGGCUUCGUCGGUGAGUUCUCUGCACAGGUCGACGGGUGGAAGGCCGUCUUCGACUCCGACAGCCCCGCGGACGUGGACUGGCCCAACAACUUCAAGCUGAAGUGCACGCCCCUGCAGCAGGCGCUGCUCCUCUUCGCGCUCCGGACGGAUGCCACGGUCAAGGCGCUGAUGAACGUUGUGGAGGCAAAAUUGGGCAAGACAUUCCUGGAGCCGCCUCCACUGGAGCUGGAGGUAUGCUUCAAGGACUCGGCCCCCCACGUUCCCCUGAUCUACAUUCUCGCGAGCGGAAGCGACCCGAUGGCGGACAUCCAGCGCCUGGCCGAGGGCCUGGACAUGCUGGCCAAGAUCAAUCCCAUCAGCCUGGGCCAAGGGCAGGGCCCCAAGGCGAUCGCUGGCGUCAAGGAGGGCGCCAGCAGCGGGAAGUGGGUGCUGCUGCAGAAUUGCCACCUGGCUCCGAGCUUCAUGGGGACGCUGGAGGGCAUCGUGGAGAAGUUCGUGGAACAGGUCGACGAGAUGAACCCCGACUUCCGGCUCUGGCUCACGGCCUGUCCGUCCCCCGCCUUCCCGAUCUCCAUCCUGCAGAUGGGCGUCAAGAUGACCAUCGAGCCGCCGAAGGGGCUCAAGCAGGCGCUGCUGCGGGCCUACCUGGCCUUCGACGAGGAGUGGUACGAGAGCUGCCAGAAGCCCCGCGAGUUCAAGAAGAUGCUCUUCGGCCUCUGCUUCUUCCACGGUCUGAUUCUGGAGAGGCGUGGCUUCGGGCCCGUUGGCUGGAACGUCGCCUACGGGUUCUCGGAGCCCGACCGGGAUAUUUCGCGGCAGCAGCUCAGGAAUUUCCUUAACGAGUUCGAGGGGGUUCCCUACGAGGCGCUGAACUACAUGGUCGCGGAGGCCAACUACGGCGGGCGCGUCACGGACAGUCAGGACCGAAGGGCCAUCGUCAACAUCCUCAAGGACUUCUACACGCCCAAGAUCCUCGAGGAGGACUACAAGUUCUCCGUCUCAGGGAUCUACUACUCGCCAGAGGUGGGCCCGAUGUCCUGCGUCUUCGACUACAUCAAGUCGCUGCCCAUCAGCACGACACCAGAGACGUUCUGGCUGCACCAGAACGCCAGUCUCACUGCUGCCAUCAACGAGGCGCUGUACAUCAACAAAUCGGCGGUCAGCCUGAUGAGCUCCUUCGGCGCCUCCACGAGCGCUGACGACGACGAGGAUGGCGGAAAGGCGAGGACGAACGAGGAGAUCUUCUCGGAGGUGGCCGCCGAGAUUGUCUCGAAGCUGCCCGAGAUCUGCGACCUCGAGGCUGUGCUCCGCAAGUACCCAGUGAUGUACGAGCAGUGCCUCAACACGGUGCUGCACAUGGAGCUGGGUAAGUUCAACCGCCUCCUCAAGGUCAUCAAGGACACGCUCAUCAACCUCGGCAAGGCGGUGAAGGGGCUUGUGGUCUUCUCCCCGGACCUGGAGGCCUGCGGCGAGGGCUGCCUCACCAACAAGGUGCCCGAGCCCUGGAUGGGCGUGUCGUACCCCUCGUUGAAGCCGCUUCAGUCGUACGUGCUUGAUUUCCUGGACAGGUGGAAGUUCAUGCAGACCUGGGUCAAGGACGGCAUCCCGUACACGUUCUGGUUCUCGGCGUACUUCUUCCAGCAGGCGUUCUUGACCGGGGUGCUCCAGAACUUUGCCCGCGGGGGCAAGAUCGCCAUCGACCGGUGCACGUGGAACUUCAAGGUCAUGAAGGCCGGGCGCUCAGCUCGCGCCCUCCGAGCGCCUCUGCGGUGGAUCGCUCCCACGUCUCCUCCUCGUUGGACGGCGCGCGGUGGGAUGACGACAACAUGUACGUGGAGGACUCUUUCCCGAAGGUGCUCUGGUCCUCCAUGUCCCCGAUUUGGCUGA